AUGAUAGGGGGGGGCGAUUCUUCUGAGGUUGACCUUCUCAAUAUAAAAAAUAUACCCCCAAAUGUCAUUAGGGAAGAUAGUCAAAUAGAAUUUUUCGACAUCAAAUAUGUCACAACUGAAUGUCUAUGUACUGAUGAUUCAGCACUUGAGUAUUUCUAUGGCAGUCCAUUUUACAGCAGAUAUAGAGAUAAAGCGUUAAAUGAAUUGAUUAGAGCUGGUACAAUGGUAGAUGCUCUGCAAAGUGGAUACAUUUUCAGUGUUUCCUGGUCCAACAUAUCCCUUAUUGCGAAUGAUGCACCGUUGGAUCCAAAUUGUAAAAUAGCAUAUUAUUCCGUCAAUGCCAUAUUUCAUAUAACUUUAUUUAGCAGAUAUUCAGUGCCUACAGGUCUAAUCACCAACCCUAUUCGCCUUUAUUGCAUUCUAGGCGGUAGGAUUUACAGUUGCCCUUCCAAGGGUUCUGUACUUAGACAUUUGGUAUAUGAAUCGGUACUGGAGUUGGACAAAAUGUACAGUCGCAUUAGUGACAUGUCAGAAUGGAGCUUUACUAGCGGUUAUCAGUGGAUUCCGAGAGUUGUUAAAUACAAUGAAUUGGCUGUUAAGCUCUGUAAAUAUUACGGCUAUCAGAAAUUUGACAAUAAUCUCCAAAAUACUGAAGAUAAAAAAGUAGUUCUUGUGUAUAAUAGGCCAGAAAGCAAUGCUGGUGUAAGGAUAGCUCAGGAAGAACUUCUAUACUUGAGUAAACAACAACAGGGGAGUUAA